UUUUUUUUUCUUUCUUUCCUUUUAUCUCUCUUCACACACUCUAAUUAUGUCUGAUAAAAGGGAAACAGAUGAUACAACAACAGAUCAUAAGAUCGAAAUGACUGGUAUUAAAGAUAUUGAUUCCUUGGAACAAAUCGAGAAAGUAGAUGAUACUAUUACACCUUUUAUUUACUCACCUGCUGAAAAAAGACUCAAACGUAAGAUCGAUCGGAGUUUCCUUCCAUUGGUGUGUAUUGUUUUAUUUGUACAGUUCGCUGAUAAAUCAACAUUGAAUGUGGCUGCUGUACUUGGUUUAUAUGAAGAUACACAUAUUACAAAGAACGAAUUUGCUCUAGUAGGGAGUUUAUUCUAUGUCGGUUACUUGGCUUUUCAGAUACCCAACAACUUUUUAAUUCAAAGAGUACCAAUAUCAAAAUAUAUGGGACUUAUUUUGGUUCUUUGGGGUGUCAGUUUAGGUUGUACUGCACUGUCAAAAGGUUUUGGUGGAUUGGCUGCUUGUCGUGUUAUUCUUGGUUUCUUUGAAGCUGUCACCUAUCCUUGUAUUUUUAUCUUGAUUGCUUCCUUUUAUCGACGACAUGAACAAAUCUUUUAUGUAUCUUCCAUGUUUAUUGCAAAUGCUGUUGCUACUGCUUUGGGUGGUUUGAUUGGUUAUGGUAUUGGAAAUAUGCAAGGUCUUAAUGGUUUAUCUGCUUGGCAAUAUGGAUUUAUCAUUUGGGGUGCCGUCACUGUUACACUUGGUAUUGUCUUUUUCUUCUUCUUGCCUGAUCAUCCAAAAUCAAGAUGGUUUCGUCUCACUCCUGAAGAAUCUCUUAUUGUUGAUGAACGCAUGUUGGAUAGUGGAACAGCUCAAGAUACUACUUUCAAUAUCAAUCAUGUCUGGGAAGCCCUUAAGGAUCCAAAAUAUUACUGCUAUUGUGCCCUGUCUUGUCUUUGUAAUCUCCAAAAUGGAAGUCUUACUGUAUUUUCUACACAAAUCAUUCAAGAGAUUGGUUUCACCAAUUUACAAUCGAUUCUACUCAAUAUACCCAAUGGUUGCUGUGGAGCCUUACUUAUCAUCAUUUCCACUUAUUUAUCAAGACGAUAUAAUGAAAUCUGCUUUGUUGCAAUGGGAAUGACCCUAAUCUCUAUGACUGGUGUUUUAUUACUUGGAUUGAUCAGUCAUGGUCCUGUCAAAUUAUUAGGUAUCUAUCUUGCUUACGGAUGUACUCCCAUGUAUAUUUUGAUGCAAACAAGUAUUUCAAACAAUGUGAAAGGUUAUUCUAAAAAGGUAUUCUACACAUCAAGUCAAUUAGUAUGGUACACCAUUGGUAAUUUUGUUGGACCUCAAAUGAUGGACAAUCAAUCAUCUCCAUAUUUGGGUGCUAUGCUUGGAUUUACUGGUGCCAACAUCAUCGCUUUCUUCUUAUAUGGUUAUGUUCGAUGGUCCCUUGUUCGUGCCAACCUUCGUCGUGGUUUUCCUGCCAAACCUUCUGCUGCUGGUCAGUUUGAUUAUUCAAAAAAAGUGGAUGAUAGAACAGAUGUUGAAGAUGUCUCCUUCGUAUACCGUCCUUAAUAUUCUUUAAAUUUAGUGUAUUAUUAUCUACGUGAAAAUAAAAAUGUAAAUGUAUCUCGGCUUUUGAAAAAUC